GCGUGCUGUUUGCUCUCUGACUCUCAGGCCUGAAGUGUGUAAGGUGAGACGAUGAGCAGGUGUGUGUUGGGGACAGGUGACCGGAAAGAGGUGGCGGUGGAGAGAGCUGUACAGUGGGAGAACUCAGAGCCAGCGCGCGAGGAGAGAACCUGACGGCCAUGAACGGCAAGCAGCAGUACUUCUCCGUGCACGCGCCGGUGCACGAGCCCAAGUACUCCAGCGUGCACACGAGCUCGGAGGCCAUGCGGCGGGUGUGUCUGCCUGCACCGCAGUUGCAGGCCAACAUAUUCGGCGCAUUUGAUGAGAGCCUGUUGGCGCGCGCAGAAGCUCUGGCGGCCGCCGAUCUCGCCAAGCCUCACGCGACACCAUACCACGCCAUGAACGGCGGCGUGUGCGCCACAUCCGCUUCCUCCUCAUCUAUCUCUUCCUCCCAUCAUCAUCACCACCACCAUCAUCAUCAGUUGAGCCAGACGCUGGAGGGCGAGCUGCUCGAGCACUUGUCGUCCGCACUGGCCGUUGGCGGCUUGGCACCGAAUCCGUCGGCUUUGGCGCACCAACAUCACCUUCCGGCCGUCGCAUGCCACCUGCACCAGGCCACAGGCCACGCGGGUCUCCCGCACGCGCACUCUCACCCUCACCUUCCCCUGCUUCCCGGCGGUGAUGGAGACUCGGACCCACGCGAGCUCGAAGCGUUCGCAGAGCGCUUCAAACAGCGGCGUAUCAAACUCGGCGUGACGCAGGCAGACGUGGGCUCGGCGUUAGCCAACCUCAAAAUCCCGGGAGUGGGCUCUCUCAGCCAGAGCACGAUCUGCCGGUUCGAGUCUCUCACACUCUCACACAACAACAUGAUUGCGCUACGGCCGGUGUUACAGGCGUGGCUGGACGAGGCCGAGGCGGCGCACCGAGACACGAGCGCGCGCACAGACCUGAUGCUGAACGGUAACGGAGAGCGCAAACGAAAGCGCACAUCCAUCGCAGCGCCGGAGAAGCGCUCACUCGAGGCCUAUUUCGCCAUUCAGCCCCGGCCUUCUUCAGAAAAAAUCGCUGCCAUCGCUGAGAAGCUGGAGCUGAAGAAGAACGUGGUGAGAGUUUGGUUCUGUAACCAGAGACAGAAACAGAAGAGGAUGAAAUAUUCCGCUGCGCACUGACUGAUCAACACUUAUUUACAAGGAACUAUUAAACACUUAAACACACGUGACAGGGAUCUACAAGUUCUGAUCAGGAACCAGAGCACUGGAAGAGUCCUUUUUAUUUUCUCGCUCUGUAAAUGUAUUUUGCACAGUAAUGUCACAGGACACCUGCAGCUCUGCAUUUCAC